GAGAGAGAGAGAGAGAGAGAGAGAGAGAGAGAGAGAGAGAGAGAGAGCUUUGCUGAGCGGCCGCGCCAGCGCAGAGAGGCACGGAGACGCAGCAGAGAGCAUCGAGGCGACUUCAUCUGGAGAAAAAUAAAUAAAACAACUUCAAAAACAGGGACACGCUGGUGGGGAAAACAAUCGGAGGAGGUACUGCUUUUCUGCACGGACAUAAAAUGAAAGGGUUACCUGGCUGUGUAUUGGAUUUGGAGUCUUGUAUUACAUCGCUGCGACUUUGACACAAGAGUUGCGCAGGCUGAGUCUCUAGUCUGUCUGUUGGAGGAAUUUCAGGCACCCCGAAUCAGGCUUGAGUUGGACAUCCAGGAACCAGUCAGGGAGUAAGCUAAACUACCUACCUACUGCUCUCACUGGAAAAGAAGACGCUAAAGCACCACUAUCACCAUGGAUGAGGAACAGUGUUACUACAACGAGACCAUCGCCUACUUCUACAAUCGCAGUGGCAAGUACCUUGCUACUGACUGGAACACCGUCAGCAGGCUGGUGAUGGGCCUUGGCAUCACUGUGUGCAUCUUCAUCAUGCUCGCCAACCUUCUAGUGAUGAUCGCCAUCUACGUCAACAGGAGAUUCCACUUCCCCAUCUACUACCUGAUGGCCAAUCUGGCAGCUGCUGACUUCUUUGCUGGACUGGCCUACUUCUACUUGAUGUUCAACACAGGACCAAACACGAGGCGCCUGACUGUUUCGACAUGGCUGCUGCGCCAAGGCUUGAUUGAUACCAGCCUGACGGCAUCUGUGGCCAACCUGCUCGCCAUCGCCAUCGAGCGCCACAUCACAGUGUUCCGCAUGCAGCUGCACACGCGUAUGAGUAACCGCCGUGUGGUGGUGGUGAUUGUCAUAAUCUGGACCAUGUCUAUAGUCAUGGGGGCCAUCCCCAGCGUGGGCUGGAACUGUAUCUGUAAUAUUGAGUCUUGCUCCAACAUGGCGCCGCUUUACAGCAACUCCUACCUGGUCUUCUGGGCUGUGUUUAACCUAGUGACUUUUGUUGUCAUGGUGACACUAUAUGCCCACAUCUUUGUCUAUGUGCGCCAGAGGACCAUGAGAAUGUCACGGCACAGCUCUGGACCACGACGCAACCGAGAUACCAUGAUGUCUCUGCUGAAAACCGUGGUGAUUGUGUUGGGUGCGUUCAUCAUCUGCUGGACCCCCGGCCUGGUCAUCCUUCUUCUCGACGUCUUCUGUGCCAGCUGCAACGUCCUCACCUAUGAAAAGUUCUUCCUGCUUCUCGCCGAGUUCAACUCGGCCAUGAACCCCAUCAUCUACUCCUACCGUGACAAAGAGAUGAGCGCUACCUUCAGGCAGAUCCUGUGCUGUCAGCGGCAGGAGAACGUCAACGGGACGACGGCAGAGGGAUCUGACCGGUCGGCGUCAUCCAUCAACCACACGGUGCUGAGCGGCGGUAUGCACCACCACCACCACCACAACGAACACUCUGUAGUAUAAAGGAGGGCUGGAGAUCACGGAGAUCAAUCCGACUGCUUGAAGGAGUUGAUCUCUUUUGGAGAUACUGACUGAAAGAAGGUAAAUGGCAGCGUGGGAAGGUCAAGAGGGACUGCGAACAUGAUAUGAACUAAAGACAGCAGCGUGAUGAAUUUGAGAAUGAAUAUUAGGUAGAUGUAGAGUUGAUGAUGAGCUGGGUGAGAUCACAACAAAGAAAAGGAUACAUGGUGACUAUGAAGAAAGAUGCCAAGACUUUAUCGCUGUGUGGAGAAAGAACAGGGGAGGAGUCUGAUCUUCGAGGACUCUGAUAGGCUUUUAGUAUUUUUGUUUAGUUGUUUAUUAUUUUUAUUAUUUGUUUUGAAUGUGUUGUUAUGGACAACGCUGAUAUGAACUAUUUAAAAGUAAUCUGUGAAAUGAAGUACAACCCAUCCUCUAUCUUCUCAGUCUUCUCUAACUUUGUAUCCUGUAGUCGUGGGUUUCAGACUUUGUCCCCUUGAUCCCCACUCUUAAGAAAGGUCUCAUAACAUACAGACAACAUGACCAUUGAGUUUCCUUCCCAUUCAUUUGAGGACUCAUUCGUAUUAGUUGCAACAUUUUGGGUCUUAGAACACUUUUCUUCCUUUUGCCUUUAUGUUUGGGAGGAAAGACUUCAAAUCUUGGGAAAUUCAAACCAACACAUGCCAUUUUGUGAAUACAAGUUAUCUCUGCAAGCUUUAACUUCAAAAUGACCUUGUGGGGACUCAAGGCUGAUUUUCUUGAUAGUGUUUGGAUCUGUUUCCAGGGUUUUAACCUUUUCAAAGUGAAAUAUUUAUGGGACAUCCUGCUAAUGCUUAGAAAAUAUAUAAAUAUAUUAAUACUGACAUGUUUAGCGACUUACCAAAAAAUACUGCAAUACUGUUCUACCCAUUAUGGAUUGUUUAAGUAACCAAAGCCACUACUCUUUUCUGCAGUACAUUCAUCAUUCAUCUUUUAAUGACCUUACAACCUAAAUACUUUGGUGACUCAUUAUUCUACUGAUCCUCUUCUCCCACUAAAAAGCUUUUGUGAAUGCAUCCUCUUCCAUCCAACGUAAAUCCAUGAAGGGUCCAGGUUCUGCAUAAAUCCUGAGUUGUUUAUUCCCUCUAAGGAAUUAGAGACAAGUUGUUCCAGGGAUCUUACCAAAAAGGGGAGGAUGUUUGCAGUUCUAGAACAUGCUCUGUGCCACAGUGUUAUGUGGAGACAAGGUGAAGGUCAUAUCUGAUGAGCGUUAACAGACUUCAGAUGACAUGAAAUGUGUUGAGCUGUCUGCCUCUCGUGGUUUUAUCGAGUGUCUCCGUGUCCAUGAGGCCUGAAGAGGUGGAAGUGUGAAAGUAUAACCAGUGUUUAUGUUAAAUUGCCCUCUGGUGGCGUGAGUAGGAUCUCUGAAACUGAAAAGUACUGUAAAGGAUAUGAAAUUAGAAAUUUUGACCUGAUGAUGGCGCUAGUUGAAAAGUCAGAUGAUCACCAAAGUUAUUACAAUGCAUCCUGAGGGGAACAUGAAUGUCUGAACCAAAUUUCAUGGCAGUCCAUCUAAUAUUAUUAUAUAUUUCAAUCUGGACCAAAGUUGUGGACUGACCCACAGACUGAACUACUGACUGACCAACAGACAGACAUUGCCAUCCAUAGAGCCGCACUGCUGGCGUAACUAAUAAAAAUCCAGUUUGCAAUCGCAAAGCAUCGCUCAGAUUUACUCAUUCCAUUGCAUGCCAUUAUUUCUGUCCAAAACUUUACUGUUAAAAGUGCUAGUGUGACCAAUCACAACUGCUGUAGCAAUACUUAGCCCAGAAUCUGUGGCUCUUUGGCCCUGCCUACUGAAUUUAACUCAGCCCAUGAGCUCUCUUUCACUUAGCUUCUAAUAAAUAUUUGCUAAAAAUCCAAACAUCUUAAACUGCAUCUUUUAUGGCAGUAUCUGGGAAAAUUACCAUUUUAGAAUACGCUCCAUGACUACACUCUUUACAAACACUCCAAAAAUGCCUUCCAGAAAAUAUCUUUCCUAUUAACCAAAUACUGAAUGACAUGUACAGAUGUUUUUGCUGUAACAGUGUUAUUGGUGAUAUGAAGUAAUACAGAUGUCCAUCCAAAAUAUAUUAUGUUUUCUUUAUGUCACCAUAUGAGACGGUUGGGGUUAUGAUGUUUUUUGGGGAGCAAAUCUUUAUUUGCAAAUGCUGCAGAAAAUGACAGAUACAAAUAAUUAAAAUUUUUUGCAUUCACAUAUAUCCCUGCCCCCCUCCCUCGUCAUCCCUCCCCAUGGCGGCAUCCCUCUUAAUAGCCCUCCCCCCAACCAUCCACUCCCGGGUCUUCCCUGGACUGCUUAACCAUAGUUACUGAGAAAAGUAUAAUGUAUAGUGUUCCUCCAUUCAUGACCCAUGGAGCCUAUUCUUUAUUGCUGCACUGCUGCAUGUGACCACAUCUCCAAAGUGGAGGAUUCUGUCUAAUUAAUUCGGGCAGUAUAUAGAUCAAGUAGCACAAUGUCAUGAAAAUGUGCCAUUUCCUGGUGCUCAGAUCGUGAAGGGGCAGCCAUCUUUGGACUAAAAGUUUUUUUUGGUGGCUGUAAGACCUCCCAGCAACAACUUGCGCUUUCUUUCAUUUAAUUCUCUACUGAGAAUCAUUAUUGAGAAGCAGCAAUGUUGGAUUGUGUGGUAUGGUCUUACUUAUUAAUUCAGACAAAACUUUGGAUACCCGGUCCCACAUCAUGUGUGUAUAGCUUCCCAGUGAAUUAAGUUGGCACAUAUUACAGUUUGGACUCUGGUGACAGGUGUAUAGCGGGGUUAUGAUAAUGUUGAUGUUUACCUAAACAACUAUGGAAUGUUUACCAAGCCACAUCAUUAAGCAUUUUUGUGUCGCUAAUUCUUACUUAAAGGUGUACUGACAACGGUGACAUAUUACAGUUUACUCUUAUGAUAAUUCUAAAAUGUUUAAUAGCCUUUAGGGUGUUUUUCUUCAUGAACUGACUUCGUGAGAGGUGAGGCAGAGUUGAGCCAAUGCAGUGUUGAAUGGAGUUAUAUUAUUUCCACAAGUGCACUCACUGACUUCUGCUAUUAACUUGGGAUUCUAAGCCAACAGAAAGUCAGUAUGGUGAUGCUAUGACGUGCAUUGUUAAAAACUGCCAGCUGAACGUUUUGUCCUGACUUGAAUCAAAACACUUUUUGGCCAAAAUACAUAGACAAAGCUCCUAACAGCUGACAGAAAAGUGAGAAUCAUGUCCAGAAACACAGUCAAAUGUUUUCCAGGAAGCAAGAUGUUUGUCAGGGAUUUAAACUGCAGUGCUAAAAUGAAGUCAGCUGGUAUUUUUGCCUGUCGAAGUUUCCCAAAAUGUUGCCCUGUUUAUGAGGCAACAUAAGUUCUUGAGAAUGGGGAGUGGACUUCUUAUUGUCUCUCCCCAUCUAGAUUUUCCUUCUUGUUUUUAGCCUUUUAAUCUCCUGGUUGUGCCUUCACACUGUACAAAAUAAGUAAUUUGAGAAAACUCCAAUUCUAAGGCAACAAUCUUAGAUUUUUUUCAAUUUAACUUAAUUUAUUAAGUUUUGCCUUUGAGUUUGUCCAAGUUUCACUUCUGUCUUCACAAGAAGCCUCACAAGGGUAGUGGCAGAAGCAGUGCCACUCACUGUUUCAUUGACCAAAUGUCAAUCUCUGUCUCUGGACCCAAACCUCUGUAUUUGACAUUCACUGUAACCAUUUUUCUAACAAAGUAGUGAUUCAGGUUAUAUAGCAAACCAACUAAGAUUUCUGUCUUUGUAUGUCUUUGUUUACCAGUGUGUCACUCUUUGUACACCAUUGUAAGUAUAUGUGUACAGUAUGUAUGUAUAUAAAAUAUAUUAUUCAAAGUUAAUCACCAAAGGGAAAGUGUUUUGUGUUUGUAAAUGUAACUGUUAUACUCUGUCCAAAUGUACUGUAGGAUUUUGUUUAUGGGUUUUAUGUCAUGAGCUCUUUUGUAUUGUGACCCUAAUUAAUGAAUUUUACAGUUAUUAACAUGUUUGUGACCCAGAACUAGAUAUCUAUGUGUGCAGUGCCUUCCAGUCCUCCUCCUUAAAGAUUAACUUAACACCAGGCUGAAAGCAGUGUUUUACUGCCCUCUCUGGUUGAAAGUUUCAAGCCUGUUUCACCUCUGACCAUACCCAGCAGUGAUGUCACAGUGUCCUUGAGCACACUUGUACAUCACUGCAGCAAGGUGAGAACUUAAGUGAGAAAUCAGCAAAAACCAAAUUUCAAGGCGGUGUUAACCUACUCUUUAAGUUUGUUUGUUGCUAACACUGUCGUUUUGCAAUUGCCUUAGAACAAAGAUGUCAGCGUUAGAGCAAUAUUUCACUUUUGUAGAAAGUUUUCACCAGAGAGCAUGAUUUUUUUCUAAUAAUAAAGAUACACAACACAGACUCAAAGAAUGUGAGUACAAACUCAUAAAUACAGAUUAUAUAAUAUGAUUUUAUAAAACACUAAUUGAAAUUUAAAUGUAAUCUAUUUUCAUUUUGUCUUUUUGUUUAACAAGAAGACAAAAAAAUUCAUUCUUUAGGGCAACACGCACUGGCUGUUUUCGAUUGUAAGUCCACACUCUAGCAGUCAGGAUACACGUCAACCCACUAUCAUGCAUGUCAGGACACGCCACAGUCCUUUUCCCCAGGGUUAAUGUGAGGGAACUUUCCCCUGAAAAGCAACAGCGCAUUAGCUCCCGAGAUUAGCACAUCCUGGCUAUUGUAUCCUGACUACUUCUUACUACUCUUUUGUUUGAAUGGCGCAUCCAAUGUUUGCUAUGGGAGUCAAAUGACAUUACAUGGCGCAGCCGGUGUGUGUUGCACUAAAGAUAUGUUCAUCCCAAAGUGUAUGCAUAGAAUGAUAAUAUGUACAUUAUUAGGAGCAACGACUGAUCUUCCAAACUGUAGGUGUGAAACAUUUUGUUCUUCCAAAGUGAAACAUUGCUUUAAAAUGUUUUUGGAUAUGUUUGCCAAGCCUCAGAUUUAACAAACCAUGUACCAGUAGUUUGUAGAAAGUAAUUGUGACAGACAUAAAUGUGAUUUCCAUACUAUCUAUACUGUACGGGCCAAUAUCAAUGAAUGUCCACCCAGAGUCAUAGUGUUGAUAUCCCAGCAACAAUAAAAACAUGAGAAAAGUCUGAA